UGAAAAUAAUUUAGCUAACAAAGAAAUGGAGUUAGAGAACGAGAGGCAGGAUAAAAGAUGUUUGAAAUCCGAUGAAUCCUCUCAAAAAAAUCCAGGAUAGUAUCCUUGACAAAGGUACCGAAAAUGAUAGUCAGACAAAGGAGAAGGAUGAUCAAAUUAAAUGUCUGACGGAAAAGUUGCAGCAAACACAAACGAAACUAUACGAAUCUAAAAAUACUUGCACCAGACUUAAACAAGAGAUUAAUAAAUUACACAAGUUGCUAUGCAGCGAAGUCGGCGAUAACGUGAACGUAAAUAAUUUAUUGAAUCAAUUCGGUGGAUGGCGAGGAAGGGCCGAACAAGUUCAUUUAUUGCAACAAAGAGUAGGAGAAUUGCAGUCAAGAUUAUCGGAGUACGAAGGAACCCAAAAAUCAUCAAUUGCGUCUAUGGAGCGGAAGAAUCUUGCCAGUUUUCGAAACGUCGAAAAGGAGAGACGGCAGCAAAUAGAAAAUUCAGCGAAGGAGCUUCGCCAGGCGGAAAUAGCUAUUGAAAGUUACAAGCGGAAGUUGGAGGCUUCGAAAGCGAGAAUAAAAGUGCUGGAGAAUGAGUUGAACGCGGCGAAAGGAAAUAUCGCGAUAUUGAACGAAAAGCGAUCUCACGAUGAUCGUUUAAUCGAAACACUGAAUAAUCGACUUAAAAUUGCCGAGAUAAAGCACCAAGAACGCGAAGCAGAUAUGAGAAAUAGAGAAGAAAAAAUUGAACACGAAUGCACGAAUUUGAAGAACGAUUUACAGUCGGCGCAGCUUCAAAUUGAUCGGUUGCGGAGACGACUGGAAGAACGCGAGAUUGAAAUCGACAAAUUAAGAAACGGAACGAUUGCAAACAGUGAAGACAUUAACCAAAAGAUCCCACAAUUGCCGGCGUUCUUAAAUAAUUUUAAUUGUAGCACUCCUCUACAUAGUUUUCGAAAUUCAUACGAACCCAAUGAAUAUGUAACUUUAGCUCUUGCCGCCGAAGCCGAAAGGGAGAGACUACUAGAAUUAAUAACUGUGCUCAACAGACGACUGGACAAAGAGAGAAGCGACGCUGAUAUUCUUUCUAACAAUUUGCGCAACGAGAGAAACAAAUCGGCCAAAUUAGAAUCGAAAAUUCGGAAAUUAGAAGUCGAAAGGGCGGGACUCGUUAAAAUCGACACUGGAUACAGAACGAGAUUUGCGAAGUCGUCGAAGACCAACGACGUCGACGCAGAACAAAUGCGCCUAAAGAUGGAAUUAUUUCAAGAAGAGUGUCUCACAUUGAAAGCUAGAUUAGAUACUGUGCAACAGGAAAAAGCAUCAGAUCUUGCGGCCUACAAACAGAUGUACGAACAAAUUAAAAAAGUGUUUCAGGAUGCGUGCAGAGGUAAAGAACCGUGUACCGUUGGCAAUCGCUCUACGAUAACAGUUUAACACGAAUUAUUAUAUUCUACAAUAUAAUGUAUACAAAAUUUCCAAGAUUAAUAACAACCAUACUCCAUAAAAUA